CAGGUGGGUAUAUAGUGUUACCAACCUGCCCUACUCAUUCAUCUGGUAACACCCUCUUCUUCGUGAACUACCUAGCACCAGAGUCGAUAGUACACUUAGGCAAAAAUCUUCAUCAUGAGGUUCUCGUACACUAUCGGUGGUCUCCUGUCCGCGAACGCAGUUCUCGCUGCCCCGGUUCCGGACCCGGUUGCUAUGCCCAUGCCCAUGCCGACUCCCCCCGGCAUCCCAACAAGCUCCUCCGCCAAGACCCAGCUCGCAGCCCUUACCGUAGCCACAGCCGUCGACGACGGCACCUACAAGCGCGACCUAUUCCCAACAUGGGACACGAUCGAAGGAACCUGCAACACGCGGGAGUACGUGCUAAAGCGUGACGGCACCAACGUCGUCGUCGGGACCAACUGCUACCCCACGAGCGGAACCUGGACGAGCCCCUACGACGGAGGGAAGUGGACUGCUCCGUCUGAUGUUGAUAUCGACCACAUGGUUCCGUUGAAGAAUGCCUGGAUUUCCGGCGCAAGCGCAUGGACAACAGCCAAGCGCGAACAAUUCGCCAACGACGUCACCCGACCACAGCUCUGGGCCGUCACCGACAACGUCAACCAAUCCAAGGGCGACAAGUCCCCAGACUCGUGGAAGCCGCCUCUAUCGAGCUUCUACUGCACCUACGCCAGGUCCUGGGUCGCCGUCAAGAGCUACUGGAAGCUGACCAUUACGUCUGCCGAGAAGACUGCGCUGACUUCUAUGUUGGGGACUUGUUAGGCUGGUUGAGAAGAGUGUGCGCGACUGAUUCUGCGUAAUGGGGUGUCUCGGGGUUGGCUUGCGAUGCUACAGGUCUACGAUUCUACACGAAUGAAUAUUAGGGUCCUAGUACCUACCUAGGCAGUUAACUUAAUCACCAAUGCAAUCAA